GUCAAUGUGUCUACACGAUAUAGUGGAAUCACGUCAACAGCACCCCUUUCGGAGAAAUUUCUGGUGGGGAUGGAAAAUCCCUUAUUGGAUAAGAAAAGGAAUUAUUUACCUCCGCGGUGUUUCGUGCACGUUCACCCGUUUCAGUCCAAAGGAUUUGUUUAAACUGGUAACUUCUUGGAGCGAAAUGUUGUCGAGCGCGCAGAUUCUGCGACGGUGUUUCGUGUUGUUGAAAAGGAAAUUAUUAGGGAAGAUCCGGCGAUUUUAGAUGAUUCCUGAUCAUCCGGAACAUGUAAAAAACGAUUAAAACUAUGAUUGUGAUUUAAUAGUAGAAUGUCGCAAGCGGGCGGUAAAAAGGGCGGUGGUAAAGCGCCUGCUAAAGAUAACAAAAAUGACGAUAAAGAUAAUAUUGGUAAAACUGGUCCCACCAAGGAACCUAAGGAAAAGGAAAAGGAAGAAACCGGCAGCAACCAGGAAGGCGACGAAGGACCCGUUUCCAAACCCCAAAGUGCCGGUGCCAACAUUCGAGAUGCCGCCCAAAGGGUACUUAUACUGUGCCAAAAGGGAGAAUGGGGCCCCGUCGACCAGAUCCUCAAGUCCAUGGAGAAGGCCAUCGCCAACGCCGGCGACGACGCCAACAGCAUCCCCUUGGCUGGUGUUUUGGACUUGGCGACCGGGAUGACACCUCUCAUGUACGCCGUCAAAGACAACAGGACGUCGCUCAUCGACAGGAUGAUCGACCUGGGAUCCGACGUCGGCGCCAGAAACAACGAUAAUUACAAUGUCCUUCAUAUAUCGGCGAUGCAUUCCAGAGAGGAUGUUGUUAAAUUGUUGCUUACUAAAAGGGGUGUUGAUCCCUAUUCGACAGGAGGGAGUCGAAAUCAAACAGCCGUCCAUCUAGUGGCCUCGAGACAAACCGGCACCGCCACGGCCAUCCUUCGAGCCCUCCUGCAAGCAGCAGGAAAGGACAUCCGAUUGAAAACAGACGGACGAGGUAAAAUCCCUCUUCUGCUGGCUGUGGAAGCUGGCAACCAGUCAAUGUGCAGGGAAUUACUGAGCGCACAAACGGCGGAACAACUGAAAGCCCAAUCUGCAAAUGGAGACACCGCUCUCCACUUGGCAGUUCGAAGAAAAGACAUAGACAUGGUGAGGAUAUUGGUCGAUUACGGAACCAGCGUGGAUAUCCGCAACGGUGAAGGCCAAGCUCCAUUGCACAUAGCCGCUGCCGAAGGAGAUGAGGUGUUGGUGAAGUAUUUUUACGGAGUUAGAGCUUCUGCUGGAGUCAUCGACAAUCAAGAUAGAACUCCCAUGCAUCUCGCUGCCGAAAACGGCCACGCUAACAUCAUAGAACUCCUCGCCGAUAAAUUCAAAGCCAGCAUAUUCGAGCGCACCAAGGACGGGUCCACGUUGAUGCACAUAGCCUCGCUCAACGGACACGCCGAUUGCGCCAUGAUGCUUUUCAAAAAGGGAGUGUACCUGCAUAUGCCCAAUAAGGAUGGGGCCAGGAGCAUACACACUGCAGCCAGAUACGGUCACGUCGGAAUAAUCAAUACCCUGCUGCAGAAAGGAGAAAAAGUCGAUGUCACGACGAAUGAUAAUUACACCGCUUUGCAUAUCGCCGUCGAGUCCUGCAAGCCCGCAGUCGUCGAAACCCUGCUGGGAUACGGCGCUGACGUGCACGUUCGAGGAGGCAAAUUAAAGGAGACCGCGUUGCACAUAGCUGCUCGCGUAAAGGACGGUGAAAAAUGCGCUCUGAUGCUGCUAAAAUCCGGCGCCGGGCCAAAUUUGGCCACGCACGAUGGCCAAACGCCCGUUCACGUCGCGGCCAAAUACGGCAAUUUGCAAACUUUGCUGCUCCUUCUCGAAGACGGGGGAGAUCCUUUGUUUAAAAAUAAGAAAGGCGAAACUCCUCUUCACCUAGCCUCCAGGGGGUGCCAAGCAGAAGUCGCCCGCCACCUAAUCAACUAUAUAAAAGAUAAAAAAGGCGACGACAAGGCCGCUUCGUACAUCAACGAGCAGAAUGAGAACGACGAAAGCGCCCUUCACUACGUGUGCACCGUCACCAAAGAGGAGGUCGUCGUGCCCAAUUCCGAUAGAGAAACGGCGAAGAUCCUGCUAGAAAGCGGCGCCGACGUCAAACUCAUGACAGGCAAACACGAAUCGCCCUUCCACUACGUCGCAGUUGCCGGUAACAACGACGUCGUCAUGGAAAUGAUAGCCCACAUGUCGCCCACCGACUCCCAGAAGGCUCUAAACAGACAAAACGACCACGGGUGGACGCCUCUUUUGAUUGCCUCACGUAAAGGUCAUAUUGAUUUGGUGAACAAUCUACUGGCCAACCACGCGAGAGUGGACAUAUUCGAUUUAGAGGGUCGCUCGGCCUUGCACUUGGCGGCCGAACAAGGGUAUUUGCCGGUGUGCGAUUCGCUUCUCACCCACAAAGCCUUCAUCAAUUCGAAGUCGCGCAACGGCAGAACGGCGCUGCAUCUGGCCGCGAUGAACGGCUACAUACACCUGGUGCAGUUCCUCAUCAAAGACCACAACGCCGUCAUCGACAUUCUGACGCUCAAAAAGCAAACGCCCCUGCACUUGGCGGCCGCCGCCGGCCAGAUAGAGGUGUGCAAGUUGCUGUUGGAGCUGGGCGCCGACAUCGACGCCACCGACGAGCAAGGCCAGAAGCCCAUCCACGCGGCCUGCCAAAAUAACUAUUCCGAAGUUGCCAAAUUGUUUCUACAGCAGCACCCCAGCCUGGUGAUGGCCACCACUAAGGACGGGAACACUUGCGCUCACAUCGCGGCAGCGCAAGGGUCCGUCACUGUCAUUGAAGAACUCAUGAAGUUCGAUAGACAAGGCGUGAUUUCGGCCAGGAAUAAAAUGACUGACGCUACACCGCUGCAAAUGGCCGCUGAAGGUGGUCACGCCGAAGUCGUGAAAGCUUUAGUCAGAGCCGGAGCGAAUAUAACGGAUGAAAAUAAAGGAGGUUUCACCGCCGUUCAUCUGGCUGCGCAACACGGUCAUUUACAAGUACUCGAAGUACUAAGAUCCUCUAACACUCUGCGGGUUAUCAGCAAGAAACUCGGAGUGACACCUCUACACGUCGCUGCUUAUUUCGGGCAAGCGGAUACCGUGCGAGAGUUACUAGCCCACGUUCCGGGUACUGUUAAAUCUGAAGUACCAAACGGCGCUUCAUUAGUUCCUACGCUUGGCAACGAAUCGGGGAUGACGCCGCUCCAUUUAGCCUCUUUUUCCGGCAACGAGAACGUCGUAAGGCUGCUCCUCAAUUCCGCGGGAGUGCAAGUUGAUGCAGCCACCCACGAAAACGGUUACAAUCCAAUGCAUUUAGCUUGUUACGGUGGUCACGGAACUGUGGUAGGUUUGCUGCUGAGUAGGUCGGCUGAAUUGUUGCAAAGUCACGACAAACACGGCAAAACUGGCCUUCAUAUAGCUGCUACGCAUGGGCAUUACCAAAUGGUUGAAGUACUUUUAGGUCAAGGAGCCGAGAUAAACGCUCAGGAUAAAAACGGUUGGACGCCUUUGCAUUGCGCAGCUAGAGCUGGUUGCUUCGAUGUAGUGAAGCUGCUAGUCGAAUCCGGGGCUUCCCCGAAAUCUGAAACCAACCUCGGUGCUGCGCCCAUUUGGUUCGCAGCUUCAGAAGGCCAUCACGCUGUUUUGGAGUAUCUAAUGACCAAAGAACACGACACGUACGCUCUAAUGGAAGACAGAAGGUUCGUUUACAACUUAAUGGUGUGCUCUAAGAACCAUAACAACAAACCAAUCGAGGAAUUUAUUUUGGUGUCUCCGGCGCCUGUGGACACCGCUGCUAAGUUAUCAAAUAUUUUGAUCGUUCUGUCGAACAAAGAGAAGGAAAGGGCCAAGGAUCUGAUAGCUGCUGGGAAAUUCUGCGAAGCCAUGGCGACCGAAUUGCUGGCGCUUGCCGCUGGAGCCGAUUCCGCCGGGAAAAUCCUCACGGCUACCGACAGAAGGAACGUGGAAUUCCUGGACGUCCUCAUCGAAAACGAGCAGAAGGAAGUUAUAGCGCACACGGUGGUGCAACGUUACCUUCAGGAACUGUGGAGAGGAGCGCUCAAUUGGGCGGCGUGGCGUACUCUCCUGCUGUUCGUGCUUUUCAUAAUCUGUCCACCGGUGUGGAUAGCCUUCACUCUACCGUUAGGUCACAAGUACUACAAAGUACCGAUAAUAAAGUUCAUGUCGUAUUUGACGUCUCACGUCUACCUGAUGAUUUGGUUGUUGAUAGUGGGCAUAACGCCGCCGUUUCCGGUAGUAAGGAAGAGUUUGCUGCCCUAUUCGUACGAAUGGGUGCUGUUGGUGUGGCUAAGCGGUUUGCUGCUCUUCGAAUUGACCAACCCGAGCGAUAAAUCGGGCUUGGGUUGGAUCAAAAUAUCGGUGCUGCUGUUCAGCAUAUUCGGCGUCGGCGUGCAUUUAUUAGCUUUUCUAUUCAUAGACAAAGUCUACUGGCCGACGAUGUUGUAUUGUAGGAAUCAAUUGUUCGCUUUAAGUUUCGUACUAGCUUGCGUGCAGAUUUUGGAUUUCCUGUCGUUCCAUCACCUGUUCGGACCGUGGGCCAUAAUUAUCGGCAAUUUGAUGAAGGAUCUGGCGAGAUUUUUGGCCGUUUUGGCGAUUUUUGUGUUCGGAUUUUCCAUGCAAUUCGUCGCUUUGAAUCAACCGUUCGCGAAUUUGAACAGCAACGAUCUGACGAGGCUUAACAGGCUGGGCGUUCUUAAACCAGGUCAUUUCGUCGAUGUCCAAAAGAGUCCUAUCAGCGCUUUCGAGUUGCUGUUUUUCGCGGUGUUCGGCCAAACAUCGACCGAGCAACUGAAAAGCUACGGGCCGAAUAGUAUUAAUCGCUCUAAUAAUCAACCCCCUUGGACGGAGGUGCUUUUUAAAAUCGUUUACGGUGUGUACAUGUUGGUGUCUGUCGUCGUGCUGAUUAAUCUACUCAUUGCCAUGAUGACCGAUACCUAUCAACGCAUUCAGGCCCAAUCAGAUAUAGAGUGGAAAUUCGGACUGAGCAAACUCAUCAGGUCUAUGCACAGGACAACUACAGCUCCUUCCCCCAUCAAUCUGAUAACCACCUGGUUAUUUUACUUAGUUGAAGUUUGCAAGAAGAAAGAAUUUAUUCCAGUGAAAACGAGGAAGCGCCAGAGUCUGGUCCAUCUCAUGGGGACCUUCCAGCGCAACACUCAGUUGAGCCCCAGAUCGAAAGCGGGCCAGAAAUGGCUGUCGAAAGUGAAGAAAGGCAGGCAGAUAGCGCCGAAAGAAUCGGUCGCUCUGUCUGUAGCCCAUCUGAGCCCUCGUGGCUCCCAAUUGAGUUUCUCCCUUCAAACCACCAGAAUAGAGCACGUGACUGAUUGGGAGGCCAUAGCUAAGAAGUACAGAGCACUGAUGGGCCAAGUGGACGAGACCAAAGAGCAGACCAACGAGGAGGAAGAAGAAGACGAAGAUGAAAAUCCCACUGCUAAUACUGUUAAUGUACAAAAUUCAUUCGGUUGAUGAGGUAAUUAUUCAUAUAGAAAAUAUAAUCUAUUGUUGUUUGUGUACUACAAUUUGUGUAAUGAACCAUAUUUUAUAUACCUACUUAGUAAAUGAGAUAAAUGUGAAUAUUUAUACAUGUAUGUGAAAUUAAAUUCUCUAAAAUUUUCAUUGCGGUU